AGAGAGAGCAUUGAAUGGAAGGAAAAAGAAAAAAGCAAAGGGAGAAACAGAGGGAAGAGGAAUACAGGCAGCUGAACGGAGGGGGGAGGGAGAAAAAAUGCUGCUUUCCAGACCCCCCUCUCUUCCUUUCACAGUCAAGGAGAACGCUCCUCCGAGCUGACUGGCGUCUCAGCCAGCCAAUCAGGAGCCUGCCUCCUCGCUGAGCCGGCCAAUCGGCGGCCAGCCCCCCUCGCUCGGCCAGCCAAUCGGCGGCCUGCCUCCUCGCUUUGUCAUCAGGCUCUGAUUGAGGAAGGAUUGGCUCUCCUGCUCUGUAUUUGGAAGGCAGAUAAAAUGCCUGGUGUGGACUGCCUCUGGGAAUAACCUCACUGCCUUAUAAUGUGAAUGAGCAGCGGCCAGGCUUGGGGGAAACGCAUCAGAUCUACUCUCAGGCCCGAGACAAGCAGAGCAGGCCUCUUUCUCUUUUUAUUUGGAGAGGUAUCUUUUUUUUUUGGUGGUGGUGGAAAGGGGGGGGGGUUGUUAUUCCCCCAUCCAUCCUUUUCUUUCUCGUGGUUUUUAUUCCUGUCCUGUUUUCUUUUUUUUUUUUUUCCUUCUUCAUUCGCGGAGUGGUGCUUUUCGGAAUAUCAGACCUCCAUGUACGACAAUUUGUACCUGCAUGGAUUCGAAGACUCGGAGGCGGGUUCAGCUGAUUCCUACACUAGCAGACCAUCUGACUCAGAUGUCUCCCUGGAGGAAGAGCGGGAGGGAGGCAGGCAGGAGCGAGAGCAGCAAGCGGCCGUACAGCUUGAGAGGGCUAAGGCCAAAGCUGUGGCCUUUGCGGUGAAGACCAACGUCUGCUACUGUGGCGCCCUGGACGAAGACGUCCCCGUAGCGGGAACCGCCAUCUCUUUCGAUGCCAAGGACUUUCUGCACAUCAAAGAGAAGUACAGUAAUGACUGGUGGAUCGGGCGCCUGGUGAAGGAGGGCUGUGAGAUCGGCUUCAUCCCCAGCCCUCUCAAGCUGGAGAACAUCCGCAUUCAGCAGGAGCAGAAAAGGGGGCGCUUCCACGGUAAGUCCAGCGGGAAUUCCUCCUCCAGUCUAGGAGAGAUGGUUUCAGGCACUUUCAGACCGAACCCUCCCUCUACAGGGAAACAGAAGCAGAAAGUGACUGAACACAUCCCUCCCUACGAUGUCGUCCCCUCCAUGAGGCCUGUGGUUUUGGUGGGACCCUCCCUGAAGGGAUACGAGGUGACAGACAUGAUGCAGAAAGCGCUCUUUGACUUCUUGAAGCACAGGUUUGACGGCAGGAUAUCUAUCACAAGAGUCACUGCUGACAUAUCUUUGGCCAAGAGGUCUGUACUGAACAACCCCAGCAAGAGAGCCAUCAUCGAAAGGUCCAACACCAGGUCCAGCUUAGCGGAGGUCCAGAGCGAGAUCGAGCGGAUCUUCGAGCUGGCCCGCUCCUUGCAGCUGGUGGUGCUGGACGCUGACACCAUUAACCACCCCGCCCAGCUCAUAAAGACGUCCUUAGCGCCCAUCAUCGUCCACGUCAAAGUGUCCUCUCCGAAGGUGCUGCAGCGGCUGAUCAAAUCGCGGGGGAAGUCCCAGAGCAAACACCUGAACGUGCAGCUGGUGGCGGCGGACAAACUGGCACAGUGUCCCCCGGAAAUGUUUGACAUCAUCCUGGACGAGAACCAGCUGGAGGACGCGUGUGAACACCUGGCGGAGUACCUGGAGGCGUACUGGCGUGCGACGCACACGUCCAACAGCACCCCCCUCAACCCCCUGCUGGGGAGGAACCUGGGCUCCACCGCGCUGUCCCCGUACCCCACCGCCAUCUCCGGACUGCAGGGCCAAAGAAUGAGACACAGCAACCACACGGCAGACCACUCCCCCAUCGAGCGGCGCAGCCUCAUGACGUCGGACGAGAACUACCACAACGAGCGGGCGCGCAAGAGCCGGCACCGGCUGUCCUCGGGGUCCCAGCACAGCCGCGACCACUACCCCCUGGUGGAGGAGGACUACCAGGACCCCUACCAGGACACGUACAAGCCCCACCGCAACCGAGGCUCCCCCGGGGGGUACAGCCAGGACUCCCGACACCGGCUCUGAGUCAGCGCCCCCCCCCCCCCGCUCUCUCUCUGUCUCUCUCUCCUCUCUCUCCUCUACUCUCUCACACCCGGCAUGACCGAGCCGGGGCAGGGACAGUUCCGUCCCGUAAAAAUUGCGUAACGCGUCUCUUUUCCCUCUGGCACUGGUUCCCCCCCCACCUCCCCACCCUAAAGCUGCGUUCUGUCCGCUUUGGCGAAUCCGGGCACCUCUUUAUUUUUAAAAAAUUAUAAAAAAAUUUAAAUAAGAAAACCUCGCACGGCCGGGGAAAGAAAAGGGCAGUGCAGGUUUAGGGGGUUUGCCCCGGGGCAGCCGGGCCCUCUCGCUCGCCCCCGUCCCGUAUGGCAUGGCUCGAUUGCGGCUCCGUUUGGGCCAGGUUGUGCAUGGACGCCCAGUGACAGGCCCUCUGAGCCCCCCCCCCCCCUUCCUGCAGCGUCAUCCCCCCCACCCCCCACCCCCACCCCGAACCAGCGCCAGCACGCGGAAACGCUCGAGCGCGAAACGCACCCCGUGCCCAGCGCACGACCUCUUGCACGUUUUCGGGAGCCAAUAGAAACGGUUUUUACUGACACGUCCUCUGCGUCCUUGAUUGGUUGAAAUUGUCCCGGUUGUGGGUGUUGUUGUCUGCGUGCGCCCUGCGGUCUCGGCUGUGCAGGCACGGUUCUCGUUCGCCACACGGUCGGAGGAAACCGCGUGCGGUCUGAGCCGUGCCGGUCCCCUCCCGCUCCGGUCCGUCUCUCUUCAGCGACACGCAGUGCCGUUUGAGACCAGCAGAGGGAGGUGUGUGGAGCGCACAACCGCCCCCCCGUCCCCCCCGUCCCCCCUGCCCCCACCCUGGCGUGGGGUACGGCGUGGGGCGUGGCGCCUUUUCUAAGCGAAAACUCCCCGAGUUCCAAGCAAGCUGCGAGUUCUUUAAAAAAAAAACAAAAAAAAAACACAUUUUAUAAAAAUUAAAAAAAACGUACCAAAUGGCUUGCACUAGAUCUGUACCUGGAGCCCGUUCAGGAAACGCCAGGCCCA